CCAACACAAAACCACAAGCUUUUCACUCCAAUUUGUGUGGGAUCUACUGUAUUUUUGGUGUGGCUACUGUGUUUUCUCUCUCAUGGCUUCAAGAAGGGGUGGAGGUAAAAGGAGACAGAUUGGUAGUUCUAGCAUCGGUGGUCAAGAUCAAGAAGAAGAUAUACCUGAAGGAGGAGAUGAUGAGUUUGAGAAUGUAAAUCAUGCAUUAGUUAGAGCCACAAUUGGCCCCAAUUGCACUAAAAAUCAAGUUAAAGUGGGGUCUCUUACACCAGAGAAUAGAGCAUUGCAGUGGAUUAUAUCUCGCAUUAUUGCUCAGAGGAAGGGUUCUAAAUCUUAUGUUCUUGUCAGUGAUCUUCCCUGGUUCGACUAUCUUCUUAACGGAAAAAGGGUAAACCUAGGAAGAUUCAUUUUCCAGAGCAUAAUCAAGCCUUACUCACCAACUACGAGACUUCCUCAUGGUGCUUUAAUUACCAGAUUGGCGAAGAGGAACAAUAUUGAUCUUACAUCCUUUAGGUUCAGAACGGUUCCCGGUGGGACUACACUUACCAAAGCUUCUUUUGAAAAAAUGGACUAUUUGUUUAGAAAUGGCAUUUGGAUAAAGAAAGGGGAACAAGAAGGGGACAAAGAAGAAGGUGAUACAGAUCAAGAAAUGGCAGAACAAGGGGCAGAAGAACAUGAAGGUGACAGCCCAAGACCAUUUCGAGUCUCCAUGCAAAGAACUAACUGUGAAACCAUGGAGUUGAUGAUAAAUGAAAUGCGGCAGCUGCACACUGACUUCUAUGAUUUCCAGACAGAAAUGAAAGGGAGAAUGGAUAUCGUGGAUGGAAAACUUGAUCAGCUUGUGAACCAUUUUUUUCCUCCACCCCCACCUAAAGCCACCUAACUUGAUAUUUCUUUAGUUUUGCUAAUCUUUAGGAUGGACAUCUUAGGGUUAUGCAUUUUAUGUUUUUAGUUGACUAUGGAUAUUUCUUGAACCUUUUUGUCUUGUUUUAUGAAUGAAAAUGGCAUCACUUG